CUUCCUAUGGAAACCUUCUUUAGCUAUGACUUUGAUUUCAACCCAUAUUACGCAUCCGACAAUUCGUCGACGUCCAUCAGCAGCACCCGUUGCACCAUCUCGGAUGAGGAAGUAUACGCCACCGUUGCAACUAGUGGCCCGAAGCGGCGGGCUGGGAGGAAGAAGUUCCAUGAGACGCGGCAUCUCGUCUAUAAGGGCGUCAGGCAAAGGAAUAGGGGAAAAUGGGUAUGUGAGGUCCGCGAGCCGAACAAGAAGUCCCGUAUAUGGCUUGGGACGUUUCAGACUGCCGAGAUGGCAGCUCGCGCCCACGAUGUUGCUGCAAUGGCUCUUAGAGGACGAAGGGCAUGCCUCAAUUUUUCUGAUUCAGCAUGGCGUUUGCGUGUUCCGGCAUCCAGCAGUGCAAAGGACAUACAGAAGGCUGCUGCAGAGGCUGCAGAAGCCUUUCGGCCGUCCAAAUCUUACAAUGCUUCUAACAAUGAUGGUAAUAUGAUGCCGGAGAUUCCAACAGCCUCCACGGAGAAUGUGUCUUACAUGGAUGAGGAAGCGAUCUUCGGCAUACCAAGAUUGCUAGCUAGCAUGGCAGAGGGAUUGCUGCUUUCUCCACCUACAUUCUUUGGAGGUGGGUACCACUGUGAUGAGGUGGAGAUCGAAGCUGAUGUGUCAUUGUGGAGCUACUCAAUUUGAUGAAGAGUCUUGUUCCCUUGUUGUUAUGGUGCAGGGAUGGGGUCCACAACCUUUUAUUUUUUAAUACGGGGUGGAACCCAAUUAGCCCAGAAGUACGAGCUCUAUCUCUUUCCGUACAGUAUCAUUUAUUUUGGGUGGGCCCAAAUUAGCCCAUCGCAUGUAAGAUAAUGACAUUGUUACACUUCGAAGAAAGAAAAUAAUAAAAAAAUCAGUGUCUUAAAUCUUCUUAUUAGUAAUCAUUUAUCCCCUUAAUCACUACAGGACAUACAAAUCACAUGCAUGCACCAUAACUAAAAGGAAAGUCCAUCCACCCCACAUGUGGGUCCUACAUAUCUAUGCUGCCAAUAGUGCAGAUCAUGAACUUGAACUGUCAAACAAGUGCAGCAAAUGCAUGAAAAAGCAAAACAGAAAAAAGAAAAAAGAAAUAUCAACUAGAAA